AUGGCAACUUCGAAAGUUUUAAGUUUUGUUUUCUUUGUGUUGUUGUGUUUAGGAAUAUGCUCUGCUGCUAGAACACUCAUUAGCAUUGGUUUGGGUCACGAAAUUAAUGGAGGUUUCCAUGGUGAUAUUGGUGUGAGCGGUGGUGUAGGUGGAGUGCAUGCUGGUGUAGAUGGACAUGGAGGAGGAGCCGGUGGAGGUGAAGGUGCAGGUGGUGGUGGUCAAUAUGGAGGAGAUGUUGUUGCUGGCGGUGGUGGUGGUGGAGGUGGAAGUGGCGGUGGGGGUGGUGCAGCUGAAGUUGGUGGAUAUGGUGGAGGAGCUGGAAAAGGAAGUGGGGAAGGAAUUGGUGGAGGUGCAGCACAUGGUGGUGGUUAUGCUGGUGGUGGAGGAGGUGGUAGUGGUGGAAGCGGAGGUGGUGGUGCAACUGAAGGUGGUGGAUAUGGUGGAGGAGCUGGCAAGGGAGGUGGGGAAGGAUUUGGUGAAGGUACAGCACAUGGUAGUGGUAAUGGAGGUGGUGGAGGAGGUGGUAGUGGUGGAGGCGGCGGUGGUGCAGCUGAAGGUGGUGGGUAUGGUGGAGGAGCUGGAAAAGGAGGCGGGGAAGGAUUUGGUGGAGGUGCAACACAUGGUGGUGGUUAUGCUGGUGGUGGAGGAGGUGGUAGUGGUGGAGGCGGAGGUGGUGGUGCAACUGAAGGUGGUGGAUAUGGUGGAGGAGCUGGCAAGGGAGGUGGGGAAGGAUUUGGUGAAGGUACAGCACAUGGUAAUGGUAAUGGAGGUGGUGGAGGAGGUGGUAGUGGUGGAGGCGGCGGGGGUGGUGCAGCUGAAAGUGGUGGGUAUGGUGGAGGAGCUGGAAAAGGAGGCGGGGAAGGAUUUGGUGGAGGUGCAGCACAUGGUGGUGGUUAUGCUGGUGGUGGAGGAGGUGGCAGUGGUGGAGGUGGAGGUGGUGGUGCAGGAGGUGCUGGUGGUGGUUAUGGAGGUGGGGAAGGAGGUGGAAUAGGGGGUGGAUCUAGUGGAGAACAUGGAGGAGGAUACGGAGGUGGAGGUGGAAGUGGAGGUGGUGGAGGAGGGGGUGCUGGUGGAGUACAUGGUGGGGGAUAUGGUGGUGGUGAAGGAGCAGGUGGUGGAUAUGGGGGUGGAGCAGCAGGUGGUGGUGGGUCAGGUGGUGGCUUUGGUGGGGGUGGAGGUGGUGGAGGUGCGCAUGGUGGAGGAUAUGGCGGUGGUGCCAGAGGUGGUGAAGGUGGUGGCCACGGUGGAUAUUAUCCUUGA